AGUGCACGAGCCAACGCACCGAACGGCCACACUGAUCUGCUCGUGGGGGGAACGGGAGCUCCGUUGUCGCCAUCUGCUCGUGCGCUGUAGCUUAUUGAACGUUGCAGCUCAUCAAUAUGUUGGUCACCAGUUCGUGUGGCGGCUCGGCCCCGGCGGCGGCGGCGGCGGCGGCGGCUCUGAUGGGCCACGUUUGACGGAGCCCGUGAGGCGUUGAAGGGAUCAGGUGGAGGGUGUGUUGUAGACGGCUCCGCGGUCGGGUUUGACGGCCGGGCCGUCCUAAAAAAGCAGCGGGGGGCGAUGUGGGGGCGUCUUGACGCUGUCAGACAGGAUGUAGGGGAGGAUCUGUCGGAGCAGGAUUACCCGACCAUUUUUGAGAACGGAUAACCCCGAGGCGCGGCGUCUGUCUGCAUUCGUCUGAAAGAACAAGGGAGGGAGCAGCACAGAUACCGCACCACCAGACACCAUGCACGGAGAAACCUUCCCCCGGCGCACACUGCUGAAAUGUUAGGACUGAAGAGCAAGUGUGUCAGAUCAAAUCAGCAGACUGUUUACAUCAGGGGGGGCAAUAAGAGCCGCUUGACACUAGACUGCCUGUGCCUGUGCUUUGCGGCCCCUCUCAGUCUGGAUCAAGCAAAGACGCGUUAACUGACCUUUCAUCAGCACUUUUUCAUUUCCUCCAGAUUCAGCAGUCCGGUACUGAGCCAAGAUGGAGUGGUCACUGGAGAGUGUGAGGGAGAUGGUGGCUGGAGGCAUGCAGUCUAUAAGGGAGUGUGAGAUCUGCGCGUUUGCCAUAGCCAUGUGUGUCCUGCUGCUCUUCAUGUGGUAUUGUUACAGGGUGGGCCGCGAGCACGGCUCCAGCCCCCUGCGUGGCAGGUAUCUGGCCGGGCCCGGUCGGAUCGGGGGGGUCGUGGGGGGCUUCAUGAGCUCGGACUGCCGCGGCCGGGGGAAAGGGAAGCACGGCUCCAUCCUGGAGGAGCAGAACGGCUUCGCCUUUUGCCAGUCGUCGGAGUGCUUCCGCUGCACCAGCGCUGGAGAGAGCCUGAACCAGAGGCUGUAUCACAGCCUGCAGGAUUACGCCAAGCGCUACACCUGGUCGGGGAUGGGCCGCGUGCACAAGGGGGUCCGCGACCAGGGCCGGUACCUCAACAGCCGGCCGACCAUCCAGCGGCCGGAGGUCUUCUUCCUCCCCGACCUGCCGUCGGCCCCGUUCUUCUCCAGGGAGGUGCAGCGGCACGACGUGGAGCUGCUGGAGCAGAGCUUCCCCGCCCUCCUGGCCGAGUUCGAGAGCAUCUACCACCAGCCGCCGGCCCGCGGCGGCUCCGCCCUCCCGCCGGGCUGGAAGGCCAACAACACCCCCCGCGGCCAGUGGUGGACCUACUAUCUGGUCAACCAGGGCACGCCCCUGGUCCUGAACGUGAGGAGGUGUCCGCGGGCCUGGAGGGUGCUGGGCCAGCUGCGCACCUUCAUCGCCAACAACGUGUUCGGAAACGCCUGCUUCUCGGUCCUGACGCCCGGCGCUCUGAUCACUGAGCACUACGGGCCCACAAAUGUGAGGCUGCGCUGCCACCUGGGUCUCAAAGUGCCCACUCCCUGUGAGCUGGUCGUCGGUGGAGAGCCACAGUGCUGGUCUGAGGGCAGCUGUCUGCUUUUUGACGACUCCUUCCUCCACAGGGCCUUUCACGAGGGCAGCGCGGAGGACGGCCCCAGGGUGGUCUUCAUGGUGGACCUCUGGCACCCCAACGUGGCUGCCGCUGAGAGACAAGCUUUGGACUACAUUUUUACUCCGGGCCGUUUGGAGGACAAGGAUGGGAAAUAAGUGUGGGUGAGAAAACCAUGUCCAAGCAGGAGCCAGGUUGCAUUUAGGGAAGUAUGCGUGGGGCACAACUGUUUUUCUGCCUCCUGACCAGCUCUCACCUUCACUGUGUACAUAUUCUACAGCUCAUCCAGUAUCUCUCAUAACCCACAACCAAACGUUGGGCCUCUUUUAUCAGUUACUUCCAUCUGCGUCAGUCAGGAAGUCACGUAAUUAAUGUGUAUUAAAACCACAGCGAGGACAUUUUAGCCUGUGUCAUCAUAUUCUUUUAUAUACUUGAAUGUUUGAUGAAUGAUGUGACUGAACACUAAUCAGAUCAAUCGCACGUUUUCACGUCCCUCGACCUUUUGAGCCAAUUUCCAAUCGAAACCAUUUCUAUACAUGAAGGCUCGUGGGUUAACUAUGGAUUGUAGCUUAAUAGAGGUCAACAUUGUACCGACAGACAGCGAAGUACUGUACGUACAUGAUACUUUUUGUGACUUUUUGUGAAGCAGACAAUAGCGAGUCUCUCUAGUUUUGACCGUCACAGCAGACACGCCUUCUCCGCCAUGCAAGAACGACACCGCCUUCCAUUUUGGGUCAACUAUUCACGUUUUUACUUCACACAGUAGCACACAUUGCUAAUUCUUUUACACUUACUGCAACACCUACAUAGGGCUAAGGGCUAAGAAAUGUGAUCACAUUUGAAAAUUCAGAUUUAUUUUGAGUCGAACAAAGACACAGCUGUCACACGUGGUAGAAGCUUCAGAGGUGACAGGUUGAUGAUUGUUGUUGACACAUCGUAGUGACUGUAGCCUUAAAUCUGAUUUAUAUCAAGUGACGCUAAAGCUAACGAACCCCAGUCGGAGGUUCGAGCCAGAGUGGAGAGUGAAUGUGAGGCUCAUUUGUCACAGCUUGGAGUCUGUCACAUUGGACCAGUUGUUACUUGCGACAGCAUUCUUUGUGUUUUUAGGGUUUCAGUCUCUGUGUGUUCAGAUAACUGAGGUCCAAUGUUUCCCGUGACGUGAAUGUUUACAGAUGCGGCUAACCUAGUCUCCGUCAUGACUCCCGCCGGUGUGGUAGUUUAACGUGCUCCCCUUUGAAAAUCAGCCCAGCUUUCACAAGACAUGGUUAGAUAAGCACAUUUUUGGUCCAGUCGUGAGUCGCCUCGUGCUGUAACACUGAAGAUGAAGCGUUUUUGGUAAUUUGGUCGUAUUUGAUAUCAGGUUUGUAUUUCUGUAAAUAGGGUGGAGGUAAAAGACUUGAAUGGCCUGAGGUGUUUGGAAACGAUUGUCUUCAAUGCUAUAAGUAUUGUAUUGUCUUGAUUUACAGCUGAUUGCAUUUUCCUUCUCCGGUCUCCAAAAGCCAACCAUGAAAUCAUUUUGAUAGAUUCAAUUUGUAGAUUGUGUAAAAUGUUUAUGAAGUAUUAUCUCUGUUGUUCUGUGAUGUUUGGGUUUUUAUCAGUCUGUAAUUUUGCUAUGCCAUAUGGUAUCCAUUAUUAAAGCCACAAUCUGUA